CACACACCCCUACUUGCCGCUUUGCUUCUGCUGGAGAGAUCACAUUCGCGGACAUCACUUCGCGCUCCUUACCGUUUAGUUUGUAGUGUUUGUGUGCGAGGAAGAAGACCGAGGGAAAGAAAUAGUAUUUUUCACCGACAUAACGCAGUACUGAUGGCCGGGAUAACAAAUCUAGUGUGUCUUCAGAUUCUGGUACUAACCUUGGCCGGAUCUACGAUGCAGGGUGAUGCGAAGACUGGAAAAUUGGGAGAGAAUGCGGCGAAUUUCAUGGAAGACGAGCAAUGGCUGUCAACCAUAUCACAGUACAGCCGCAAGAUAAAGCACUGGAACCGUUUUCGAGACGAAGUGGAGGAUGACUACAUCAGAACAGUAGAAGAUCCCCAGGGUUCUGAGGAAACAGGUGUGGACACCACCAAGGACCCGUGUCAGAAGGUGAAAUGCAGCCGACACAAAGUGUGUGUGGCCCAGGGCUAUCAGAGAGCCAUGUGCAUCAACCCCAAGAAACUGGAGCAGAGGAUGCAGCACCCUGGCCUGAUGCCACACGUUAAUAGUUGUAAAGCAUGUUCACUGUCAGCCUCGACCCCUGUGUGCGGAUCUGAUGGACAUAGCUAUGCUUCACAGUGUAAGCUGGAGCAGCAGGCGUGUCUUAAUGGUAAGGAGCUGAGUGUGAGGUGUUCAGGACCCUGCCCGUGUGUUAGUGAGGCUGUAAUAAAACCCAAGGCAGGGACAGAGCCUACCCCUAAAACAGAGACCUGUACAGGUCAGGACUUGGCUGAUUUAGGAGACAGGCUCAGGGACUGGUUCCAGCUUCUCCAUGGCAAUGCUAAAACGAGCAACUCUGGCAGACAGGGAUCAGGUACAACAUCAGUGUUUGAGAGGAACUUGGUGGCUGGUUGCAAAGACUCCAUUGGCUGGAUGUUCUCUAAGCUUGACACCAGCAAUGACCUGUACUUGGACCAUUCCGAGCUGGCGGCUAUAAACUUGGAGAAGUACGAGGUGUGCAUCAGACCAUUCUUCAAUUCCUGUGACUCGUACCGUGAUGGCAAGGUCUCCACAGCCGAGUGGUGCCUCUGCUUCUGGAGGGAGAAACCCCCCUGCCUGGCUGAGAUCGAGAGACUCCAAGUGCAGGAAAUAGCAAAGAAGAAGCCAGGUCUGUUCAUUCCCAGCUGUGAUGAGGAUGGUUACUAUAGGAAGCUGCAGUGUGAUCAGAGCAGGGCAGAAUGCUGGUGUGUUGACCCACAUGGGACUGAGGUCACUGGGUCACGUAUUCAUGGCAACCCCAACUGUGAUGAGCUCAUGGGCUACUCCGGGGACUUCGGCAGCGGUGUGGGAUGGGAAGAUGAAGAAGAGAAAGAAACAGAGGAGAAUGGAGAGGAGGCUGAGGAGGAAGAGGAGGCAGAGCCAGGGGAAACUGAUGAUGGUGGAUACAUCUGGUAGAAGAUAAUCACAGCAUCAUUAUACUCCACAAAGAGAGUUUGUUGAAAUUUUAGCCCAUUUUAAUUAAACUUGUCUUGAUGGAGGGUUUUGGACAGGCUAAACACAUUUUUCACAUAUAUAGAAUUGAUUCAAUCUUUUUUUAAAAAGUUUAAAUAGCAAAAAAUAGUGACAUUAUGUACACAUCUGUUUGGCAUAAAAUCUUGUGUCAGUUAUUUUUGUAAAGUUCAAUCUAUUUAGAAAAUUGAGCCAACAAUCUCAUUUAAGCGUUACAACUUGCUGCUUAUCUUAGCCUAUGAUGGCCUGACUUGCUGAGUCUGUUAGUGGUCAGGUAAAUGAAUUUUGAAACCCAUGCUCAUCCUUUGGGGAAUGACUUCUAUACUGCGGAGCUACAGAAGUCACUGAUCACUAAGCCUGAUGAAGAGCUUAGCUUGAGUGCUUGGGGAAUCUUUGCUUGUAUAAUAUCUACGUGGAAAGUUGCUAUGCUGUGAAAAAGCAUUAGUGUGGGUCUACUACAUUAGUCUACUCGCUAUGAAUAAAAUUACUUUUCCCUUUUAAUUUGAAUUUAAUUUUUCCAAAAUAUUUAUCAGAUAUAGACAAGCAUUAAUGUACAAUUGCCUGGAUGGAUUUUUCAUUAAAGGACAGUGUGUCACUCCUCUUACUGGUCUACAGUGAAGGUACAUCCACAAUGUUCACAGAACUUUAUAUCUAGUACUUCUGCAGACCUAACACUUGCAGAAAAGAGCUGAGGUUUGUGCAUAUUUAGAAUCAGGAGCAGAAUGUUUUAAACUUUCAGACUACUAGUUAGAUUAAAUUGCUUUUCCUUUAAAGGAAAGACAAACAUACUUAUAUUUACACACCACCAAACAGUCUAUGAUUUUUUUCUUUGUGAGGAUUAAUGUGUCAUGUCUGUUUUGUUUCUUGAAUGUAUAUGUAUAUUUUUAUUUUUCACCUUGCUCUGUGUAUGCUGGACUUGAAAACUUAAAAUUUUCUAAAGUCAAAGAUGUUGCAAGAUACAUGCAAUUCGCAAGAUAAAUUAAACUGAUUGUUUUUUUUAUAUUGCAUGUUAGUUCAGAAGAAUGUAGCUUUACUGUGUGGACACUGCAGAUUGUGGCCCUCUGAUUAUUUCAUCCUUUUAUUCUUUUUCUAGUGAAUUUGCAGCAAAAAUGUUUCGUGAAUGAUUGUAAUAGAGAGGUUUAUAUAGUGACAUCAGUACAGUCCAAAAGAUUUAAGGCCAAAACUUAAAAAACAGUUUAUUGUGAAUAAUAUAUUAUUGAAUUGUCUUUAAAUUGCUACAUGUCUUUUAUUACAUCAAAAAUAUGUACUGUAUAUUGUAUGACAUUUUGAAAGGAACCAAUGAAAGGAAGGUUCAGAUUGUGUCUGAUCAACCUAGAUGAAGUCAAAGUCAUUAUCUCUCAACCACAGGUUUUACUGAGGAAUGACUAGCAGGAUAAUUUAUACAGCUUCUGAUCCUAGUGAUAAGACUCAAGGCUGCUAUUGUCAUAGGCCUGAGAGAUUUGCGUAGGCCUAAGAGAUUUGCCAGAGAAAUAAUAUUAAAAUUGUUGAACACAUCAUGGACUUCCUCCAGUGUCUUGAUUAUAAUGGAACUAUUUCUGUUGUGAAUUUCAAGUUUUAAUGAGGUUGUUGUUUUUUUUUUUUUUUAAAUGAAUCUGUUAAGAUGAAUUAAAAGACUUCUACUACACCAUGUAAUGUAAAGCCAUAGAUAGCUAUUUGUUUCAAUGUAUCGUGGCUGUGCUAGCAUCAUCACAGUAUGUAUAUAUCUAAUGUUUUUUCAAUGUGCUUUACAGUGCUACACAGGUUGAAUCACUACACCAAUGUCAAGAUGGCAGGUAAUCAGAAAUACAGUGAUUUGGGAUUCAGUGGAGAUCUUCACACAGUCUGAGACACUGUGCACAUUCAAAUCAGAUGUUAGUAGUUUGAAAAAUUCAGAAACAUUUAGACUUUAUUGUAACACAAAUACAAUUGUAAAUGUAACCAUUAAGUGUUAUAGUUAUAACACAGUAAACAUGAACUUGUCACCUUACUUUAUACUUUAACUGCUACUGUAUAUUCAAUGCUACAUUGCCAAGCCCAUGAUGUUUUCCACUGUAUUUGAUAUUUGAUAAUAAAGCAACACUGAAAUUGG